UCCAUAUGGUAUGAGCCCCAUGUCCCUUUUUGAUAAAUGUGUGCAGAAGCUAAUUAUAUGGCUAGCUUUUGAUAUUUUCACCAAUACAAAGACCUUUGUAUCAAUUAACACUGACAAAUUAACAUUCAAUUUUUAUUGUAUUUUGUUUUUGUUUUCUUUUCUUUUGUUUUUGGCCCCAGCCAACACGGAAAAAAACAAAUCUGAUCAUCUACAUGAAGGCAUGUUGAAGAGGCCUUCUCUGUACAGGUGACAAAGAGUUUAAUCGUCAGCGCGAGCCACCUCUCAGCCAAUCACAAUCCAGGUCCAGUGAAGGUGCAGUGGUUUUAAAACAGAUAAAAGGUGUGAGCUGAGCUCUGUACAGCUCAAUGUCACUGUGAAAUACCUUAGCACUGUAUAAGCCGCUAUCUGCCAAUUGUGUUCCUUUUUUCCUUUUUAAUUGAUCCAUUUUUACACAAAAAGUUUUUAAAGUAAAGUUUGAAGAUGUUUUUCUCCGGGCUGCUGAUUCUUGCCAGUUUGGGUUUGUUCGGUUCCGUUGCGGGGUCUCCCGGUGUGGAGGACGCGUACAGGGCUGUGCUCAGCAUCGUGGCUCCUGGACAGCAGUAUCUGACCACGGAGUCCCUCGGCUCUGUCUUUAAUACACUGGAGAAACGUGUGCAAUGCGGCGAAGUGUCGUGUGAAAAGUGUGAUCUAACAGACGCUGUUCACCAGCUGAUCAGCAACUACUCCACCCAUGGACAGGAUGAAACUGGAAAAGGCAGAAAAAACAUAACUAUAAGUUCAUCUCAGUUCACCGCUCUCGCUGCUGGAUGCAUCCUGUACGUCUCAUCUCCCGGUCUGGUCUGCACCUCAGUGAGGCAGGGGAGGUGGGGACAGGAGGCUGAACAAUUCGUACAUAAAAUCACACAUCAGGGGCCGCACCAGGACCAUGAGCACGACCACGACCACAACCAUGACCAUGAGCACAUAGAUGUUCAUGAGUUAAAAGUGCUGCUUCAAGAGCUUCAGGAGCACUAUGAGCCCUCAGACAAAGAGAGCUGUGUAUCAGCCAGCGACAUCAUGGCAGAGGUUAGCACAUCAUCACCAGACCAGGGACAGGAAGUGGGUGCAGUUUUGGGCCGAGUUCUGUAUCACACCUUGAAGGGUCACUGCUUCAGCCCGUCCCUCCCUGAGGAGAGCUUCUUCCUGAACUACAUCUUGGACCAUCUGGGGUCAGAGAACUUCACCACUGAGGAUUUGGAGACUCUCAUGAUGAGUCUGAACCUUGGACCUGACCACGAACAUGGAAACGAACACCAGGAAGAUGAACACGCUGAUCACAAUCAUAGUGGUUUGAGAUGGAGGAAGAGAAGCAGCCAUGAACGUCAUGAGGGUCAUGAAGAAAAUACCACCUGGGAUCAGGUCUGUUUCUCAGCUGAAGAGCUGGUCCUUAUCUACGGUCUUGCAGACAACAGCUCUAGCCUAGGUCGGUCCAACUUGGCCCGGCUCAGCCCUGCGCUCAUCCAGCAGAUCCUGAGUGGAGCAUGUGCAGACAUCACAGAACCACCAACAUCAGAUGGGCUCACCGAGAGUGAGAGAUACAUCUAUGCAACCAUUGCCAAUACUUUGAUAACACUGACAUCCCUGUUUGGCAUUGUGGUGCUGCUGUGUACCUCCUGCACCAGUGUGUUCCAGUUGUGUAUCCAGUUUUGCAUCAGCCUGGCAGUAGGUUCACUGACUGGAGAUGCCUUACUGCACCUGAUACCCAUGUUUCUAGGUUUACAUGUGCACUCAGACAACACCGGCGACCACACGCACUCACAUGACCAUCACCAGGAAGAAACUCCAGACUACAUUUACAAGAUUUUGGUUAUGAUUGGGGGGAUCUAUUACUUUUAUCUGAUGGAGACGAUCUUCUCUCUGAUUGCAUAUAAAGAAAGUCAUCACCAUCAUCAACAUCAUCAUGGGGAAGACUCGGAGCCUCACCACUGUGACCAUGGGAGGGUUUUAGAGAUGUAUCAACAGGAGAGGGGAAAAAAAACGAAGUCACAGUCAGCGCUAAGAGUAGACCUGGUUGACUGUGAAGACAAUGAUGAACCACUUUCAGAGUCAAAAGACCGCACCAGACAACAGCGCCUGCUGCCUUAUAUGAUAACCAUUGGUGACGGGAUCCACAAUUUUGCAGAUGGAUUAGCGAUAGGCGCAGCUUUCUCCCUGUCAUGGAAGUCUGGUCUGGCCACAUCACUGGCUGUGCUCUGCCAUGAACUACCACAUGAACUGGGUGAUUUUGCCAUUUUGCUCCACAGUGGUAUGUCUGUCCGCAAGGCAUUGCUUUUAAAUAUUGGCAGUGCCAUGACCUCGUUUAUCGGUCUGUACAUCGCUCUGUCUGUGGCCACUGACCUUGCCACCAAACAGUGGAUAGCUGCCAUUACUGCAGGGCUCUUCUUGUAUGUGGGUCUGGCUGAUAUGCUCCCUACUAUGGUCCACAUCAGCAACAAGAGUCCCUGGAAGAUGUUUUUGCUGCAGAACAUCGGCCUUCUGAGCGGGUGGGGUAUUCUGUUGUUGCUGUCACUUUAUGAGGAGAGAAUCAACUUUUAAAAUAUGGACAGUCAAGACUCACUUAAGGCUAUUGGUUUAACCUAUGCAGAUUGUAAAAUCUUUGAAUGAUAUUCUCAGUAACAUAAUUGGGUGUUUAUGGGCUUACUCAUAAAUAGCCACGAUAAGACCCCUGGAGUAAAAAGCCUUAACGAGAAAAUUCACCAUCUUUUAUGUUGAUGUCCAAUCAGUGUUGAUGGUAAAUAUAGUUAACAGACGCAAUUAAUUUCUCAUUGAGUGCUUUAUUGACCAAGAAAGCACAGUUCUCCUGCUGUGCAGUUCUCGCAGAGCCGCACUGGCAGUGCCUGUGUAUCCAGUGAUGCAUUGCACGUGAACUUCUGACACCCCUCAAAACCAAAACAUAGCAUUAGCUGACAAAAAUACUCACUCAACGGUCAUCUGACCCCUCGUCACUGCUAGUGUUGUUCGCCUUUUCUUGUUCAACUUCAAGAACCUGAAAGAAGGUUUCCUGCACUCCUCUGUCAAAGUGAGGAAUAAAACUUUCACAUAUACCGUAAAUUAGCCGUUUCACUUUCACUAGUAGCGCACACAUGGGCUCUCUCAGGGCUCUACUGGUGUCAGUGAUAGCAUCCAACAAAAACUGCCCAUGCUGAAAUUCAUUGCAGCAGAAUUAUUCAGUUCCGUUUGGUAUCAGAGGGCAAUUUGAGCAAAGGCAAAACCAGUUGUGUUUUCUCUUGGGAGCUCAGGUUCUUCAGGGUCCCCAACAGCCAUUUUCUUUUGCAUGGUAGCCACAGCCUUGGCAGUCUCCAUGACAUUUCUUCUGCCGUAGACUCUGGCACGAAUAAAUACAGAUAAACCACUGUUAAGAAAAAUACUGUAAAAUGUAUCCUCAUAUUGUAUCCUCAUGUUGUAUCCUUGUCUGAGGGCACAUAUCCUGGCUACCCAGAGGUGGAAAAUCAGCCUGUAGUUUUGUCUUGCCUCCCAACUACGUCACUGUUGCAUGAUGAUGGUGCUAGAUGUUAGAAGAGCAACAGCUGCAAACUUUUGCUUUUGCGGUCAAUAUAGUACACACAGGAAUUCAUUGAUUAUAUCGAUGACAUUUACCACCAACACAGAUUGGACAUUCACAAAGAAGGUGACCAUUUUUUCCUUGAAGUGGCCAGACGGUCUUUGUUACCAUUACCAAAAGAUUAACUCUUACGGAUCCUGUAAAAUUCACUAAAAUUCACCCAAACAAGGCAUACCUAAUGUAAAUUAGUUAGUAGUUAGGUAUAUAAAUUACACCACACUGAAAUAAAAGGGUUUUUUUUUAUCUUAACCUGAAUAUUUUCUUGUAAAAAGAUGCUGUAGUUGACUAGAACUGGGAGACACAAUGGGGCCAUAUCAUAAAGCCUCACCUAGUCCAAAGUCAAAGUAGAUAACAGUAUCAAGAAAAUAAAUAUUUUACUUGUUUUUCUAAAGUCCAGGUGCUUUUCAAAAGAAGAAGGUAAAACAAUGAACUGAAUGUGUUAAUAGGAGUAAAAAACAAGUCAACAAAGACAGAAAUGUCUAUUUAGGAGCUCACUGUAUGUAAAAACAGUUUAGUGAACCUGAAUUGAUAAGAAAGACUUUUUUCCCUUAGGACAAGAUAAGAGCAGGUAUUUAAAAUUUCUGUACACUGAUAACAGUCUAUGGUCCCUGUGAGGACUUCAAACCUCCUGUGGAAGUUCAGAGUGUCAUUGACUACAAUACCCAUAAGCCAUUGGGUCAAUCAAUCGCUGGCUACUGAUUGUCUAUAAGCCCCAGAAAUGUGAGUGAUGCACCUUCCUUCAAUACAGGCCCUCACUGGCUAACAAGGCCUCAGCAACAGCAUUGAAAGCUCCUGUUGGCUCAAGUGAGGUGUCAAUGAAAAGGUCAGGAGUUCUCCUCCAUUUUGACAGAAAGCAGUCUAAAUAUUUACAUGAGAAAGGAGGAAAUUAUGGAUAAUAUGUGGAGAAAUAUGGAAGUUUAAAGCAAUGCAAUGCCAGUUUGUGGAUAUCUAUAGAUAUAAUAAUGUUUGGACUAAAUAUUUUUGCUGGAUUUAGAUCAUCUGGGCCUUUGGGACUGUGUGAGAACUGUAUGAGGGCUGUUUUAUUAGGAUAAUAUCAAUCUGUGGAAUAACAUGAUGUUUAUAGGUGAGUGAUAACUGUUUGUUUUUUGUCUGACAGAAGUGUUUAUUAAACCUGCUGUGGUGGUUGAAUCUUAAAAUGGCCUACAUCACAUCAAUGGAACCGCUAGGAGUGUAGUUUUCAAAGAAUAGGUCGUAUGAGUAAACCAUUUAAAUGCCAGCAAAUACAGCAGUUGUUUACAUAUCAUAAUCACAGAAUAAAACCUCAAGAAGACCCACAGAGGGGUCGUCAGUUUUCUUUUUUUUUUAAGAUUAUUUUUCUAGGCUUUUUGCCUUUAAUGACAGGACAAAGAGUGAAAUGGGGAGACAGAGAGAGAGUGGGGACUGACCAUCCACUAUGCUACUGACGCCCCAGGGCUGUCAAUUUUCUAUGAAACAACUGACUAAUUGUUAGACUGUGGACCUGUAUAAUUUAAUCAAGAUGGUUGGUUGCCAUCUUAUAGGUACACCCAUGGUGGUGGGCAAAAUAUUAGAAACACCUUCCAAUUCACUAACACACCAAGCAGGGUGUUGAAAAAAUACUUUUCUACAGUCUCAACAAAAACUGAAUGUAAGGUUUAUAAACGGUAGGAUGUACGUAUGUAUGUAUGAAUAAUAUCUUGUUAAAAAUAUUAGUUAAUUUACCUUCAUUAUGCUUUUAAAGCUGAGAUUGGUUAUUGUUUCUGGCAGUAAAAAUGUCAGUUCAGUUUUUUUUUAUUCAUAAGCAUGAAAAUGACUUUAAAAUUCAGAAUACACAUGUUGUUUUCCUCUUGAAUUUCCCACUAGAUUCACAAGUAUUAAAUGGAAUACAACUUUCUACAGUUACUUUUUGUUUUUAUUCAAAGUGCCUGUUGAUGAGAAACAUACACAAAUAUAUACAUUUUUAAGAGAAAAAGCUGUAGAGUUUGACUUUAUAGUAUUUGCUAAACUAUAAAACCCAACUUACCAAUUAUGAUGAAGGUAAAUGUAUAAAAAUGUUAAUAUAUUUUGGUAUAUACAGUAUGGCACACACUAUGUUUUACAUUCUGCCUUGUUUGGAAAAUUAAAACUCUUUCAAACCCAUUAUUUACUCAUUUCUGUGAGACCUGUCAAUUUGGGAAUGACAGCAGGUGCUAAAAGUGACUUUUUAGCAGUGGGUUUAAUCUAUAUUCCUUCUGUUUGCAUUUGAUCACAGAUACUGUACAUUUAUUACAUCUGUUGGAUUUGUAAUCUUUGUAUGAAUAAAGUGAGAGGUGUAGUGGAAA